AUUGAUAUGUUUGGUUGAGGAUUGCAAUUGAAGAGAUUUGAAGACCUUGUACAAGCAGUUUUUACAAGAGACAGGAGGAGAUUUUUGAAGAGAGAGAGAUAGAGAUGGACAACGGGCUGUCGUGGGCGGACCAAUGGGACUACAAUGACGACCCGCCUCCGGCGCAGGCAUCCGAAGACCGGAAGAAGCGGAAAGAUGGGUCGAAGUCUGGGAAGAAGAAAUUCAGCAUACAGUGGGUGAAAGAGCUGUGCAAGAAGUCACCUAACAAGAGAUGAAUUCUGCUUCAAGCAGAUCCGAAUUCUUUCCUUAAGAAUGUUGUUAUGUAGAAAACUUUCUUUUGUGACCUCCCUCAGUAAUUCAUCACACAGGAACACUCUUCUCUCCUCACAUCAUGCAGAAAAGAAAUUAUCUGUUCGAGGUUUCUUUUUCAUCAUUUCUUAGUAAAUUUUUUAUUCGAACCAUUAAAGAUUA